AGGCUGCAGGAACCGGAGGACUGAUGUGGCCUGCAAAGGCCUCAGGUCGAGACCACGCAGUGGGAGAAGCACUCUAGGGGCUCUCUGGGAGAGCCACCCGCCCUCUCUCGCCUGGGCACUGGCGGGGGGCGGGGGCAAAGGUGCCCACCCAAUGCUCCGUUGGCCACCGACCGGCGGGCGUCUUCUGGGAGGAGAGGCGGGGAGGCCUUAGCGCCCCUGGCGACAGCUGCGGCUGCAUGACUUUGCGACACUUCAGUGUGGCGGUCGCAGGUCCCUCCACAGCAACCUCUCUUCAUGAGGCAGCACCGCUGAGGGGCUUGAAUCGAGAGUUGGGGCUCCAUCGUCACCUUCAGCCCCCUCAGGCUCUCACGACCGUCACCCCUGUCUUUCCCCACGAUCCUGCGCAACAUGGAGCCCAUGGGCCUCGAGGGUCCCCGCGCGCUCUGCCGGUGGCCUCUGCUGUGUUCGCUGUUCCUGAGAGUGCGGCUGCUACAGCCGGUAACCUGCGCCCCGUCACGUGGGUCACCGUCAGCACCCGCAUCACACCGGACAGCCCUGACUCUGAGACCACCCCGCUCACUCACAGUGGCCGGGGCUGUGAGAGCGCGCGUGGGCCCUGAUGCUAGGCUUCCCGCUGUGGAUGGACACAACGACCUGCCCUCGGUCCUGAGACGGUUUGACCAGGACUCACUACAGAAUGUUAACCUGCGCAAUUUGAGCUUUGGCCAGACCAGCCUGGACAGGCUUAGAGAAGGCUGUCUGGGUGUUCAGAUGCUGGAGCAGCUUCAAGGGCUGCUGUGA